UACAGCAUACGCCACUCGCGGACGCUUGGUUUUUCACGUUUAAAAAACACCGAAAAUUCCGCGUUUUUCCGCGGCCUGUCAUUUAAAAGAAAUUUCAAAAACCUGUCUAAGUCGUUGGGUUGGGAUUGAUGGGACUCGGAGGUGGUUUAUAUGGGAUUAAUCGGUGAGGUGUUGGAGAUAGGAUCGAGUGGUCCUGGGGAUAAUCUUUUGGCGUUGGACCGACAUUGUAGUUGCAUUUGAAUGUUAACGGUCGUCAACGGUGACAAUUCGGGUUGUGCCAGUCAGUUGUCGUUCAAACGAGCACUGAGUCAUUUCGCCAACGGUUUUUUUGGAGUUUUGGAGGCUUUUCCCCCUGAUUACUCGACGCUUUCCUGAGGAAUUCGAGUCCAGAGGACGAGGAAAACUGCAGGAGUGAGGAUUUAUCGUGACUUUUGCUCAUUUUUUUGACAUGGAUCCUUUCACACAGCGGAUGUUGGAACGUGCGAAGGCGAGGAGAGAAAAGUUGGACACGAAAUUAUCGAAUGCAGGGCACAAUAUUCAGCCCCGGAGAAGUCCCUUGAAGGACGCCAAUGCAAUCAGUGCUUUACAAGCAACGAAAAUUUCAGAAAUGAAGAAAGUUAAUGAAGAACGGACAAGAGAAUCUUCAGAAUCUUCAGAGUUUUCAGUAAAUGUUAUUCAGACAGUUCGAAAUGUCUCUGAGGAGAGAAACAAACGUGAUAUCACUCCUGAUAAAGAAAAUGAGAGUAAUCACCCUAAAAAUGUGAAAUCGAAGCUUCAGAGAUUAGGAAAAUUGUAUUCAGAUAAUCGUGAAUUGAGUUCGCCGAUUCACCGAACAGAGGAAAAAUUUUCAGCAGAGGAUGAUUCAUCAGAGUCAAAGCAUCCAAAGCGUGGAGCUAGGUUGGACAGACUGGCAGCCCUAGCAUCAGAGAUAAACAAUUGGGAAGAUGACUUGUCUCAUCCAACGCUAGUGAAGAAAGGUGAGAGCAAAGCUGAGAAAAUCCAAGCGAAGAUGAAUGAACAGGUAAAAGCUGCAGGAGAUCCUCAACCCAGCACCAGUGGCUAUGGCAAAUGGAAGAGCAACGCCAAUACACGAAAAACCGACAGUCUCACUAGGCAAAUUAAAUGGGACAAGACUGUCUUAGAGAAUUUGGAGGCUCAAGGCUAUACCCGUACAAAAAGCAAUUCUCGCCUAGUGUAUGACUACAACGCUUGUUCCCAGGAAAAGGAAGGGUCUCCAAAACGAGAGGUUCAAUCGAGAAAGACUGCGGGUACGAACGGUGGACAGAAAGCUUCGCCCUCGACGAAGACCAGUGGAUCGCCAUCGACGAGAACUCCAGAGGCCAAGGGCGUCGCCAACGGGAGAAGCAGGUUUGGUGGUUACAAUGGUUCCCCUAAAAGUACGGUACAGUCACCAGGUUCAGUUCUUAGCAAAGCUUCGUUAUUUGAAUCGAAAAGUUUAGCUAUCAAAGUCAAGGACCCCGCGGAGAUGACGCUCUCCGAGAGGAUGGCACUCUUCGAGAAGAACAAGGGAGAGGCACUUAUUCCUAAGGCACCGCUGACACUCUCUGUUCCUGCCAAGAAACUCAUGGAGAAGGAAAAAUCAUCAUCUAAUGUCAAUUCAGCUGUUUCAGAUCAAUCGAAUCGUACAGGCGCUGGAAAAAUUGCAUUUGCAAAUCGUCAUAUUUUCGAGCAAGGUCUACCUAAACAAGAGCUGGAGAACGACAUCCUACGAGACAGUCAGGCAGAGAGAAAGAGAGAGUUGGAGAUGCUGCGAUCACGUUUCAAUCAGAAUAAGGAAGUGGCUCAGGCGGCAGCUGGUUCCUGCAUUCGUAAAAAUUCCGAGUCUAAUACAUCGCCGAAGAACUCACCGGUUUGCCCUGUGAAACCCACUCCGGCCACGGUAAACCACGCUUCAACGGAUCACGUUCCCCCGGCACCGCCCUUGCCCUCCCCGAAGACGACCCCCUUGUCCUCUCGUCAACCUUCAUCAAAACGUCAGCCGUCGUCGCCUCCAUCACCCCCAGCGCUCCCAAAACCCAUUUUUAUAAACGUCAAACGAAUUAAAGUAUCACCGCCGAAGCCUGGCCACCUCUACCCUGACCUGACCAAUCUGGAGUCCUCCGAGACUGAGACUACAGACACAGAGUACACCCUCGGUACAACAGAACCAGAAACCGCCACCCUGGACGAGUCCUCCGACGAGGACUCGACGUACGAGGGAAAUACCAGUUUCGAGACAAGUAUUCUCAGAGCUGUUACCCAGAAUGCCCCGAAGAAGAGAACCAUCUCCCCUGACUCCUCGACAUCCGAUAUAUCUGUUCUCGAGGAGAUGGACGAGUACCUAGACGAAUGCCUGGCCCUCCACGACUCAAAUCCAGGCCCAACGCCCCCUAAACAGAAUCGCGUUGGUGGAAGUCCCUCGAUGACGUCCACGAGCUUCAAGUAUACCACAGGGCCGGCCCUGAGGUCACCACUCAAGGUCACACCAUCCCCUAAACGCAGGAAUGAUCUUUAUGUCGUUGAGGGGGAUGCCAAACUGCCUCUCAUGCACUCUGUCAGCUUCUACAGGAGGCAGCAAUCACAAACACCGAAGACACCUGUCAGAACAGUAUCCAGGGUGGUGGACCAUCAGGAGUCGGAUCAUCGGGUUUACAAUGACCAGGAGGCUGUGCUUGUCCAGGAGAAGCUCAAACGACUCAAGGACGAGGUGUGCAAGCAGAAUACAAUUAUUGGACAGUCCAGUCAGGCUCUGAAUCUCUGCACCGCAACUGUCGAGUUCAGUGGAUCCAGGGAGCAGGUCGAGGGAGAGAGACUGCUUCUGGUGGCAACACAUCGCAGACAGGCUGCCCACAAUGAGAUACAGAGGCUCAAAGUCGAGGGGACACUUCGGCCCAGCAUACCAGGAGCUUCAGAGGUCCAGGAGAGUGGAUCACUGACUAUUUCCGCGAUAACACUUCCCCUCAAGAAAGAUGAGAUAAGAAAUUUGGAUGUAGAUAUACGUUUGCACUUUCUCUGUCUCAUCAAACACCUGGACACUGUUAUUGCUACGCAGGUGGUGCAGGCAGAGCCUGGAGAUUCGUGCAUCAGGUUCCCAUCGACUCUAAAACUCGAGGAUCUUUACAGUGACUUCAAGAUAAAUGUAGAGGUGUAUUCGUUGGAGACGAGGGCGGAGAUUUUGCCCCACGAGGUGAAGUAUCACAUCCAUGGGGGUCACUGCGGUGGGAGUAGUGCCAAGAAGGCUGGGAAGACUCCGAAGAAAUUCCUGAAGCAGGAGAGCAGACUUGUGAUGCCAUCGGUGCAGUCUCCAGCUGGACCAAAUGCUGUGAGAUCACCUGCUUUCAUUCUCACUGGAUACGUCGUGUUUUCCCUGAAGGAAGUGAGCAGGCAGCAAUUUACCCUGAACAAAGUACCAAGGAAUUCAGUACUCGAGGGUAAGCUGCAGAUGCACGUGGGGUGCGAGUUGUCAGUGGGGGUGGAGCACAGGGGAUUUCUCACGAUGUUUGAGGAUGUCUCGGGUUUUGGCGCUUGGCACAGAAGGUGGUGUCUCCUCAAGGGCGAUACAUUGAGCUACUGGAAGUAUCCCGAUGAUGAGAGGAAGAAAACACCUAUUGGGAGUCUGGAACUCCAAGGUGUCUCCACUGGAAAUGUUGGAGUCGUGUCCAGAGAUAUCUGUGCCAGGCCCCAUACCUUCCUGUUAGAGACUGUCAGGGAAGCCCAGUCUGGAGAUGUCGAGAGCCUCACGCUCGUUAGAAGUGGAGCGUCAACCACCAUCAGACACCUAAUUUCGGCGGAUACUAAAGAGGAGCGUCUAGAGUGGUGUUCAAAAUUAAACCAAACUCUCAAUUUGAUACGCGCCUGGGGCGGAAUUUCAUCAGCCCUCGCAUAAAUAAUACCUGCACUCAAGCAAUAACUGAUGAAAUUUUUGGUAGACGAUUACCCCAACGCGCGAGUGCAUUACAAACUAAAAACAAUUAACUAGGAAAUUUUUUUUUAGCCCAAGACUUCCUCGAUUACGACAACAGCCGAUUAUCAUUUCUAUAUCUUUUUCAUUGUUUUUAUCAUUCAUGAUGAAAAUUGCCAUAUUACGAGCAAUUAUUGUAUAUAUUAAAAUCGUAUGAUUAAUUACCAUAUAUACGUAACAGUAUUUAUCGCAGAUUAUGUACACGUGUUGUAUCGUCGGUACGUUCUAUAUGACUAUAUAGAGGUCUAAGAUUUUUCUACUAAUCUUUUUAUACGGCUUUUGUAUUCUUUCGUUGUGAGGAACUCGAAAAAUAAAUAUUGACGUACCUUGUA